AUGUUCGGCUUCUCGCGACUCGCCUUCGUUCUUCUCGUCUCCGCCUGCGUCUUGGCCAUGGCCGCGCCGAAGCAAAUGGUGUUCGGAUUCGGAAAACGGUACCUUAUCACCUUUAAACUCAUCUGAACAGAAUAAUCCUUCUUCUAGCUCUCUCGGGGACCUGAGCGAAAUCCCGGAGGACGUUCCGAUGAAGCGCUACAAGCCGCGAAGCUUCGCGAUGGGUUUCGGCAAACGCGCCGCGAUGCGCAACUUCAACAUGGGUUUCGGCAAACGAUCGGCACCGGAGGAGCAGUUCGGUUCGUACCCUUUGCAACUGGUGUUGUAGUCGGUCCACUAACCCCCCAUAUGCUAACGUCACACUUUCGCUUCUUGUGCUUGUCGAGAUGGUCAGCAGAAUAUUGGUUUUUAGACCUCGAUGCCUUCUAA